GGUUAAGUGGCUUCUCAAAGCCAGGUAAGACUUGUUCCAGAGAAGCUGAAUUAGGGGAAAGUGAACAGGUUGGAAGCUGGUGACAAGGAGAGAAACUGGAAACUAGAGAGGAAAGUCAGAAGCAGAGGGAAAUGAGACUGAGUAGGCGUCUCAGGGUUUAAGGGGAGGUUUGUCGGCUGGUUGCAGAAAUAAGUCAGACUAGAGAUACCGUGGGGUUAGUGUGUUUGGAACGGAAAUCAAAGACCAAUUUUUGUGAGAGAAGGAAAUAACGUCUGCAAAUGACAUGCUGUUUCUGCUGCUUCCAUUGCUAGCUGUUCUCCCGGGUGGUGAAAAUGCAGAUGGGUUCGAGGAGCCGGUCUCCUUCCAUGUCAUUAAAAUCUCAUCCUUUUACAACGAUUCCUGGGAACGAAAUCUGGGCUCAGGUUGGCUGGGUGAUUUGCAGACUCACACCUGGGACAGCAAGUCCAGCACCAUCAUUUUCCUGUGGCCCUGGUCCAGGGGAAACUUCAGCAAUGAGGAGUGGAUGGAACUGGAAACGUUAUUGCGUAUACACUUCAUUGUUGUUUCUGAGGCAGUUCAUAGACGCGUCAGUGAAUUGGCAUUUCAAUAUCCUUGUGAGAUACAGGUGACAGCAGGCUGUGAGCUGCACUCUGGAAAGCUCUCAGGAAGCUUCCUUCGGGUAGCUUACCAAGGAUUAGAUUACACAAGUUUCCCGAACAAUUCAUGUGUGCCAUCUCCACUGGGUGGAGAUGCAGCCAAGCGUGCCUGCAAAGCGUUCAAUCAGGAUCAGCAUAACAAGGAUGAGCUACACCAUUUCAUCAGUGACACCUGCCUACGUUUCCUCUUGGGUCUUCUUGAUGCAGGAAAGGCAUAUCUGCAGCGGCAAGUGAAGCCCAAGGCCUGGCUGUCCCGUGGCCCCAGUCCUGGCCCUGGCCGUCUGCUGCUGGUGUGCCAUGUCUCAGGGUUCUACCCAAAGCCCGUGUGGGUGAUGUGGAUGCGGGGUGAGCAGGAGCAGCCGGACACUCAGCGAGGGGACGUCCUGCCCAAUGCUGAUGGGACAUGGUAUCUCCGAGCAACCCUGGAGGUGGCCGCUGGGGAGGCAGCUGACCUGUCCUGUCGGGUGAAGCACAGCAGUCUAGAGGGCCAGGACAUCGUCCUCUACUGGGAACAUCACAAUUCCGUGGGCUUGAUCAUCUUGGCGGUGAUAGUGCCUUUACUUCUUCUGAUAGUGUGUCUUGCACUUUGGUUCAGGAAACGCUGUUCCCAUUAAGACACACCAUGAGCCUUCUCAGCACCGUUCUCUUUUUGGGAUGAGAAACCAGCGGCCCAAGGACUCAGGACACACCUGAACACGUCGUGGUGAUGACAUCCUUUCCAGUCUCCUUCUACAACUUGUUAUUUUUGGUUAUUUCUGCUUAAUGAUCGUUUGUCAAUAUAAGCUCAAUUUAAUUUUGCAGGAUUUGUUCUGACCUGGGUUUUGGGACUUUAAAAUUAUCUCCUAAUGGAAUGGGGUCCUAGCAACCUCCACAUAUUCAACCAUUAAUGUGUUAUCAGGCCCUUUUAGAUGUCACUUCCUCCAGAGGGCCUUCCCCCACUCACACGUGGGAAGCAGUCUCGCCCUGGUCUGAACUCCCGCCACAUUUCAGCUGUCCUUUGCCAACUGUACUUCUCACUUCCUCUCCUUUGCUGCAGUUACGUAGGUUCCCCUUUUCUUCUAAUUUUUCAGCUCCUUCAAUGCAAAAUACAUGUGCUUUCAAAAUAUGCAUCCUUGGCGAAGGAUUUUGCCUGCAUGAAACAUGUUCUCAAUAAAACUCCGUGGUGAAUUUAUGCCA